CCCUGAUUUCAGCAUCCUCCACAUGGAUCUCUUUAAUUCAGAUAUCUGAAGUGUAUGAGCGAUGCAUUGCAAUAGCAGAUUAAUACCCACAGUCCUUCAGACGAGAUUUCCCCACUUCUUCGAUAUCAACGGAAGAAUCUAAAAACAAAACCAAGCGCCGCCUUUUCUUUUCUGCCUGGAUGACAAAAGAGCUGGGGAAGCAGCGAAUGUGGUCGGCAGAGGACUCGCCGUUUCCCGCGCAGAGAAGGCUGCCUCCCUCAACAAGAAUUCUGAGGCUACGGACCAAUAUGGCUGCCAGACCUGUAGCUCUAAAAGUGUAAUGCCUCCACCCCCAGCUUGGAGGGACUGAGCACUCACAAAAGGGAAUGUUACGGUGGACAGUGCAUUUAGAAGGUGGGCCCCGAAGAGUCAACCACGCUGCAGUGGCAGUUGGCCACAAAGUGUACUCUUUUGGUGGCUACUGUUCUGGUGAAGACUAUAGAACUCUGCGACAGAUCGAUGUUCAUGUAUUUAAUGCAGUCUCUCUACGUUGGACCAAGCUGCCACCAGUACGAACAGAGAGCGAGGACCAUGUGAGGGAAGUUCCCUACAUGCGAUAUGGACACUCUGCGGUGCUCAUUGAUGACACCAUCUACAUCUGGGGUGGCCGUAAUGACACCGAGGGAGCCUGCAAUGUGUUAUAUGCUUUUGAUGUCAAUACGCACAAAUGGUUCACACCAAAAGUUUCUGGAGCGGUCCCAGGAGCAAGGGAUGGACAUUCAGCUUGCGUAUUGGAUAAGAGCAUGUACAUCUUUGGAGGAUAUGAGCAAGUGGCCGAUUGUUUUUCAAAUGACAUCCACAAGCUGGAUAGCAGCAACAUGACAUGGAGUCUGAUCUGCACUAAGGGCACCCCAGCUUGUUGGAGAGACUUCCACUCGGCUACAAUCAUCGGGAAACAUAUGUAUGUAUUUGGGGGAAGAGCAGAUCGCUAUGGGCCAUUUCACUCCAACAAUGAGAUCUACUGUAAUCAAAUCAAAGUAUUUGACACAGACACGAACUCUUGGCUGGACUUCCCUCCUACACCCGUUCUCCCUGAAGGCAGAAGGAGCCACUCAGCAUUUGGCUACAAUGGAGAGCUGUAUAUAUUUGGUGGAUACAAUGGACGUCUGGACAGGCACUUCCACGACCUUUGGAAAUUUGAUCCAGCUUCUUUCACCUGGAAGAAAAUCGAUCCCAAGGGGAAAGGGCCAUGUCCUCGCCGCAGGCAAUGCUGUUGUAGAGUAGGGGACAAGAUCAUCCUCUUCGGAGGCACCAGCCCAUCCCCAGAUGAAGACAUGGGAGAUGAUUUUGACCUGAUGGAUCAUUCAGACCUGUACAUCUUAGACUUCAGUCCCAGCUUAAAAACACUGUGUAAGGUGGCAGUGAUCCAAUACAACCUGGACCAGUCCUGUCUCCCUCAUGACAUCAGAUGGGAGCUCGGGGCAAUGACAACAAACAGCAACAUUAGCCGGCCAAUCUUCUCCUCCCACGGAUAACCUGGUCUCCUCCUGCCACUCCCAUAAUCCUGAAAGCACCCCUCCCCCCCCCCGCCGCCUUGCAGAUUUCCUGUCAUAUCCCUCACUGUGCCUCUUUGGGCUCUGCUCGUCACAAAGAUUUUCUUGACUGUCCAGCACAAGGAGGGCAUGGCUUGCCAAUCUUCUUACCAUACUUGCCCGACAAUACAUUUGCCCAAAAGGCUGCAUGCACGCAGAACUGAAUAUUGCACACUACAAAAAAUGGAAGAUGGGUGGUUUUGCUCUCACAGCUGGAAGCUAUGUUUUACAUCCACUUAUUGCUGUAGCAGGACUUGAAUUAACUGGAAGAAGAGAACCACAAAUCUCAGGACUAACUGGUAUAAAACCAGCAUAUGUUUCACAUCGUACAGGAUCAAAUAAAGCAAGAAUUGUUCAAGGCUCUGCAACUUUACAUCCUCACCUGUUUUGAGUGCCUAGCCCUCACUGUUAACCCAAGUGCUAAACUGGAUGCCCUAUCUUAAAGCCAUGUUCUCUGCUCAGCUAUGGGCCUAGAAAAGUAUGCUUGAGAGCUUUCCUGCUCUUUCUUGGUAUUUGAACAGACUUCUCUGAGAUUUGAGCCUUCACUGGGAAGAAGGAGAAGAAAAAGAUGACUGCCUGGCUAGGGAAGGAGUGGCCAUUCAACAUCUUGUGGAACUGAGCAAAACAGAGACGUUUCUGUGUCGGGUGUGGGGGAGGUCAACUCAAGAUCUGAAAUGCUGCUAUACAGUUCGGUUUGCUAUGUACAAAGCAGCAGCUUUGAAUUUAUAAAUGCUGAAAGGAAAAGCCAAA